AAAGGGUAUUUUCAAUUUGUUGUGGUGAAUGCAUGGUCGGAGCAUUGACUCAUUCAGUCAGCAGGUGGAGAUGUUCCGCAGUGUGCUGGGGAAGACCUUGGGGUUUGUGGGCUACACAGUCCAGUAUGGCUGCAUUGCACAUUGUGCCUUCGAAUACAUUGGAGAAGUUGUGGUGUGUUCUGGUCCAUCCAUGGAGCCCACAAUUGUCAACCAUGAUAUUGUGUUCUCUGAACGGAUGAGCCGUCAGCUUUGCAAAAUAAGAAAGGGUGAUAUAGUAAUUGCAAAGAGUCCAUCUGACCCAAAAAUUAACAUUUGUAAAAGGGUAAUUGGACUGGAGGGUGACAAGGUCUGCACAAGUUCCCCAUCAGAUCUGUUCAAGGCCCACACAUAUGUUCCAAAAGGCCAUGUAUGGCUAGAAGGGGAUAACCUUAGGAACUCCACUGACUCAAGGAACUAUGGCCCAGUUCCCUAUGCACUCAUCCGAGGGCGUGUUUGCUUAAAGCUCUGGCCGCCUGAUAGUUUUGGGACUCUCAGUGAAAGCCCAACCAGACGGAUCACUGAGUCCCGAAGUGACUCAGACUGAGUCAUUCACUUUGUAUUGUUAGUGUGUUUCCAAUCAUUUUUGAAUAAAGCUGAUAUUU